AUGAAAUCUCUUGGUGAAAGAGAUUAUGCAGCUCAGGAGACAAUGCAUCAUUUGUUGUCUUUAAAACUCCACAGCACAUCCUUUAAAGUGAUGCCAGUUAUUCUAAAUGGUUCACGUAGAGUGCGUGAUACUGCAAAUAUUGAAGAGGGUGAAUCGUGCACCGAUUAUUCACUUCUUGAUGUGUAUGCUAAUCGUGAACAAUAUGAGAGUUCACAAAAUAUAAUUAAUAUGAACUUUUUUCAAUUUGCUACAAAAUACAAAGUUGUUAACGAUGAACUGACAAAAUUGCCAGAGAAUAUUAUACCACGAAUAUUUCCAACAUAUUCUCCUAAUCCCAAAGGUCCAAAUUUUGGUCUAUAUUGUAAAUAUCAACUUUUGAGGUAUAAACCCUGGAAAACAACCCAAAAUAAUGCAUGGGGUGACCAAGAACCAACUGACGAGGUUCUGAUCAAUUGUUGGCAUGAAUUCUUACAAACACCUUAUGGGUAAUCUAAUGUCCCAGACUGGUUUGAUAAAUUACAAGCUGUCAUUCAAACUCAAGAAGCAGAAGGUGAACCUUCUGAAGAACAGGAAACAACUCGAGAAGAGUGGAUGAUAUUAUCAGACCUCAACAGUCCUUUUGACAACUCUGAGCAAACACCAGAGUCCACAUAUGACUGGCAUCUUGACAGAGCCAAUUAUUCAGAACAGCAGAUCCAAGAAAUGCCAACAUGGAUAAAAACAAACAAAGAGGAAUACACUAUUGAUGAACAAUAUGAUGUUGUUGACAUCAACAGUUUUAGUGAAAUGCAAAAAUUUGCUUAUGAUAUUGUUAAGUCUCAUUUUGAUGACAUAUCAUCUGAGAAAGAGCCAUUAUGUCUCAUUAUAAAUGGUGUUGCGGGAACUGGUAAAAGUUAUCUUAUUAAUGCUAUUAGAAAUCUUCUACAAAGUAAAUGUGCUGUUGCUGCUACCACAGGUAAAGCAGCUUAUAACAUUAGAGUUGUAACUGUGCAUUCUCUAUUAAAGUUACAUAUAGAAUCAAGAGGUAAUAAAGACCUAACAGGAAAAAGCUUGUGUAGGUUACAAGAGAGUGUUAAUAACAUUGGAUACAUCAUUAUUGAUGAAUACUCCAUGCUUGGCCAAGUUACUUUUGGUUGGAUAGACAAGCAUUGCAAACAAGCAACUGGUUCUAAUGACAAAGUAUUUGGAAGAAAAUCAUUGAUUUUAAGUGGUGAUCCUGGUCAAUUGCCACCAGUAGCAGAUAAACCUCUUUACCAUGCUAGACCAUCAAAUUCUGUUGGUGAACAAGGUUAUCAAGCAUAUCAUAUGUUUGACAAAGUUGUUAAACUUACUGUAAAUCAACGUAUGCAAGGUAUGACAUCUGAGCAAGUACAGUUCAGAGAUUUUUUAUUAUGA